AUGCCUGAACGAAAGUUCCAACUAAUUAACGACUACGACAUAUCACGAAAAUAUCACGGUAUCAACAUUCCAAAACAAUGGCAGGCAUGGGAAACAGCACACUUGUUCCGCGUAAAAUCCAUCGCCGAGCAGCCUGAAAUACCCGCACGACUGAUUUCUUACGGCUGCAACAAUGGUGAUCCGGAUGCUCUGAACUGCACUACGACUUGUGCCAACGCGACACUCAUGUACAGCAAACCAGAGAAUCUGUGGAAUUGUAUGACUCUUGCGACACUCGGUAUGCUGGUUGGUCCUGGAAAUGAUACGAUUGAUCGAGAGAACGAGAAAAAGAUGGACGAAAUCUUUCACUUUGGCACCGUGGAAAAGUUCAACACUCUGAAUGUCUUUACAAAAGUGAGGAAUUGUGCUUGGGCAUCGUGCUCCGAUUCGACAUACGGACAUUGCACAGGAAGUCUACAUGACUUUAGAUGUUCAUCAAUAAAGCCUAGCAAUAUUGAAAAGUUCGGAAGAGUCAUGGCGAAGCCUUACUGUCAAGCUGCCAGUGCGGGUAUUGAUCUGGAUAUUGCAGGCCAAGGAAUUGUGACGGCUUAUAUCAUCCAACUCGUCCUUGUCCUAUUCCUUUGUCUUUGCUUUAAACUCGCAACGUCAUGGAUACGGACGUUUGGCCGAGUGACAACCUCAUUCCAAAAGGGUUCUUCACUACGCGAUACAUGCCACCAAGUACAAACAAGAGUAACAAAAACUCGAUUCGCCUACGCUGCAUCAUCCGCUAUGCGGGACUUCCAAGAGUCCCAAGCUCUUUUCGCUGCUACCAUUUCCAUCACAGCCAUCAUCACCUUUGACGGCGGCAACAAAGCUGGUUUGGCAAAUAUGCUCACUCUCUUUUCUUGGAUGUUCAACCAUCGCAUUCUUCAGGGCCUCAUCACAGCUGGUAUGUAUCCUGUGCUGAUGGCGCAGUUGGUCAUGCAUCGAGUUGGAGAGCGUCGCUUCUACACCCUAUUCUUCGUUGUCCUCUCAUGGAUAUUCAUGACUGCCAUCACUGAGUUUCAGGACUUUGACGCCGAAGCAUUUGAGCAGCAUCUUAAGCAAGUUUCUGCGGUAGAAGCUUGUGGAAAUAUGCCUGGGCCGAUGAGCUUCUGCCAGGGUAUCAAGGAAAAGAAGAGCUACGAGUUCUUUGCGACCACAUUGACUUGUCGAUAUGUUGUUCAUGUCGUCAUGUCUUGCCUCAUUAUCGACUACAUCCUCUACUUUAUCAAGACACGUUUUGCUAAAGAUGAGGUCAAGUAUACGCAACUUGGUGGAACUGCGCCGCCAUUCCUUUCCUUCACAGAGACGAGAGGCGCCAGACGCGGGUUGGGUAUCUUCUGGGCCAUGACGGAAAUUCUCACUGUAGUCAUGAUUUUCAUCAGUCUGCAAGAAAUGGUGCAGCUACUUAAUAUGCACACAGCAGAAGGUGGUAUUUCCACAUGGGGCUUCGGUCAACUUGUUGCUGUGGCUAUUUGGUUCCCUGUCAUGAUCAAGUUUCUCUGCUUGAAUAUUGUUGGGCCAAGAAAAGAAGUGAAACAGACUGAUGACAAGCAAAAUGGGACACAAGUCUUGGAGCUGGUCAGCCACCCGUACGACAAAGCAGACCACCCAGUCCAGGGACCUGUGGUGUAG